AUGGCGGGAUCCUUCCUUCCAGCAGCAGCAGGUCGAAAGUCUGGGGCGGCCGAUGAGAGCCCCAGCCCAGGGGAUCCAUGCGUUCAUGUCUUGAUACAGGCUGAUGGACCAGCUUGUGGUGCUGUCUUUCCAUCACGGAGUGGCAGAUGGAAACGUUACACUAUAAAUCCACUGGGAUACAAGUGGGAUCAUCUGAACCUGACAUACAGGAUUGUCCAGUAUCCCAAUACUUUAAACAAAGGUGACACAGAUAAAGCAUUAGAGAUUGCCUUCAGCAUGUGGAGUGAGGUUUCCCCUCUAACCUUUCAACGUGUGCUCCCUAAACACAAGUCGGACCUAAGCAUUGGCUUUUAUUCCUAUAAUCACAGUGACUGUUGGGAAUCCCCAUUGCACCCCUGCUUCGAUGGUCUGAAUGGAGAACUAGCUCAUGCUUUUUUGCCACCAAGAGGAGAGAUUCAUUUUGACAACCACGAGUUCUGGAUACUUGGACCUUCACGAUUCAGCUGGAAGCAGGGCGUGUGGUAUAAUGAUCUGGUCCAGGUGGCAGCGCAUGAGAUUGGUCAUGCUCUUGGCUUAUGGCACUCUAGUGAUGUCUAUGCACUGAUGCAUCCUAAUGCUACAUACACGCGGACCCGGCACUUGGCACAAGAUGAUAUUUUGGCAAUACAGCAUCUCUAUGGCUGCCCAGCUUCAGGAUCCAGCUGUGAGACACUGAAAGACCAGCAAAGUUGUGCUUUACAGAGUCCAUGUUACCAAAAGUGUAGCAGCUGUAAGAAGGUGUCUGAAAAAGGUCCCAAAUCAUACAAAGUCAAGGUGAAGACAUUUUAUGCUUCCAAGGGUGAGACUGUCACACUCAACUGUACCCACAGUGCAUCACAACUGCGCCAGAGAGUCAGUUGGUACAAGGAUGGCAGCCGUCUAAAUCUGUCAGCUCCAGAAGUCGCUAAGAAGUCAUCAAGUAGUUUAAUUAUCCAAGCACAAGUAUUUACCCAAGGACGUUACACAUGUGUAAUACGCCAUGGAAUUGUGACCCUUGGAGGAAGGUCAUGGAAUCUCCGUGUUAUCUAGUAUUUCCAAAAUCCCACCAUGAAGAUCAUAAGGGUACAUUCACAUGAUGUGUGGCGGCUUUUUAACGGC